CACGGUCCUCCGCCUCGACGCAGCCCUCUUAAGCAGCCUCUCAAGUGCUUCGUAAUACAUGAGCAUCUCAAGCGACGAAGACGACCGCAGCCACUCGCUCGCGAUGGAGGAGCUCCGGGUCGGCGAGCUCAUUGCGUACCACUGCGGGGCCUUCGUCGCCGGUGACCCGCGCGGUCGGCGCGAGUCGAUCGGUAUGCAGCAUGCCUAGAAUGAGGAACUCAUGGCAGGGGCGCUAGUCCUAAGCAUCUGCAGUGAUACCAAGGGCGAGUACCCGAUCAGCAUUGCGAGCAACGACAUUUUGACGCAAGACACGCUGAUCAAGCGAGUGCAGGACGUGGAUGGUUAUGCGAUCAAGCGCCCCAUGGGCAUGUGGCGCAAGCUCUACACGUUUACGAUGUUUCCCGGGCAGCACCGGACGGCCCAGAACGCCAGUACGAUCCUCAAAGCGGCGAUGAAGGACGUCAUCAAGGACUCAUAUGCAGCCGUCUAUGGCGAGACGACUGCAAAAAGAGCCAAGCGGGAACAGCCCAAGAAGCACCGCGCGGCUGAAACAUCCGACAUUAACAAGCUCCUCAAGCCCCUUCCGCUCGCCAACACGAACGUGCCGCCCGAGCUCAAGUGCAAGUACAAGACGUGCAACAACGGCCGGUCGCUCAAGAAGAACGGCGACCACCACAUGCUUUGCAACUACCACCGCAACAAAGUCAACUCGAUCCAGCGCACGUAUGCGGCCAAGCGCGACCAGGAAAAGCGCGAGCAGCGCAAGACGGAGCACAAGGACAAGGACGUCGCCGUCGCGCCUUCAACAAAUACCUCCUCCAAAAUGACCUUUUCCAAGUCGUCGACCGCCGCGAAGAUGGCUGCAAAGAAGCUGGACGCGUUGCCCGAGGAGUUUUUUGUGAGCGAGCUCCCGACGACGCCGGCCAAGACCAAGAAGUCAAAAUUCGUCCUCUUCACGAUGGAUGACCUCAUCGCGUCUGGGCCAUCAAGCAGCUGUAUCCGAUCGCCCCAAAACAGCAACCCGCGCCCAAUGCGUCAGCAGCCACGACCACCGAUGAAGAAGCCCGAGCACAAGCCAGCACUCGUGAACAUUGACGAUUUCCCGCCGGGCAAGACCAGCAACAAGCGCAUCUCUGACGACUGCAACGCGCGGCCCGCCAAGACGAAAGUAGGCCCGCCAAAAUGUGUGCUCGAACCGCUCAGCUCUGACGAUGCAUCUGGUGGGAUGAUCAAGUUUCUCGAGAUGCCGGAGAAUACAAAGAAAGGCGACUACAUAGCCAAGGUCCUCACCACUAAAACCAAGUGGCUCCAGGUCACAUAGACGGGUGACAAUUAAAUUCUAAGGCUUCGUUCGGUUCGCGGCAAUUAUUUUUUAAUCGAUUAUCGAAAUCGCCAUAUUGAUA